AUGAAAUUGGAGAAUAUCAUUCUUCCUGGACGAGACGUUUGGUCUCGCUGGGAUGUGGACGUCGAAGCGGGCAGAAUCACCUCCAUCAACCCGUCGACAAGCUCAUCCUCAUCCUCGUCCUCGUUCUCAUCGUCCACUCCGGCAUCUCUUCUCCUCCCAUCGCUCUGCCAUCCACAUAUCCACCUCGACAAAGCGUAUCUAUUGACCAGCAACAACCAACACCAUCCAACAUACCCGCACGACCUAACCCCCCAAACCGGCUCCUUCCACGAAGCCCUCUCAUCCACAUCCCUCGCCAAACACCGCUACACCCCAACCGACCUGUACCUACGCGGAUCGCAACUCCUAGCAACAUCCGCACUGCAGGGCGUCACAUCAUGCCGGGCCUUUGUCGAACUCGACCACGUCACGGGCCUAGCGUGUCUCGAGACCGCGGUGGCGCUGAAACACGCAUUCCGCACCACGCUGCGCGUCCAGAUCUGCGCGUUUGCCCAGGACCCGAUCUUCAGCACGGCGCACGGCGAGGAGAACCGGCGGAUUCUCGUGGCCGGGCUGGACCGGUACAGAGCCGAAAUCGAAGUCCUAGGUACGACGCCCUAUGUUGAGCAAACCGCCGAGGCGAGUCUGCGCAAUAUUCGCUGGGCGAUCGAUACGGCUUUGGAGCGUUCGCUGCAUUUGGAUUUCCAUCUCGAUUAUAAUCUGGACGUGGGGCGGGCGGUGAUGGUUUGGGAUGUGCUUCGGUUGUUGAGGGAGGCUGGGUGGAAGAAGGAGGAGAGGAGGGCGCAAACGGACAGAAGAAGAGGAAGAGAUGGAAAAACGGUCGUCUUGGGUCAUUGCUCGCGGUUGACGCUGUGUAGUGAGGGUGAGAUGGUGGAGUUGGCGAAGGAAAUUAAAGAGUCGGGCCUGCCGGUUGCGUUGGUCGGGUUGCCGACCAGUGAUUUGUUUAUGAUGGGGCGGCCGGUGCAGUUGGAAGAAGCACAACCACAACCACAAAUACAACCCCCCUCCCCCAUCACCAGCAAUGCACACCGUCCGCGCGGAACCCUACAGAUUGUAGACAUGAUCCGCCAUCUAGGUCUGUCCGCCUGUCUGUCCGUCAACAACGUCGGCAACGCAUUCACGCCCUGGGGCACAGGAGACCCCCUAAGUCUGGCGUCUUUGGGCGUGGGUAUCUACCAGGCCGGCACGGACGACGAUGCGAAGAUUCUUUAUGAAUGCGUCAGUUCACGGGCGAGGGAGGCGAUAGGGCUCGAAAUGGAGAGAGAUACGAAAAGUCAACCAGAAGAUAUGUCCGAAACUCGAACGAACACGAAUACUAAUACUCAAACGAAGACCGAAACGAAUACUCAUACCCAUACUGAUCUUGAUACCGAUACUCUGAUACUCGAAGAAGGUCAUCACGGCCCAUUCCUCCUCAUCCGCAAUGAAGAGUGGGUUGGCUGUCCUGGCCACUUGGGCAUCAAAGUCCCGGCUCGUCAGCGCGUCAGUGUCAGGGAUGUGGUGUGGGAUGUGCCUGAUGUUGCGCUUAGGCGGGUCAUAUAUUGA